AUGGCGUCUUUUGAUGAUACAGUUCUUCCAGUGGCUUGGAGUUUCAUGUCACGUAAAAGUAAACCCUGUUACUGUUCAGUAGUGAAUCAUUUUAAGCAAGUAGCACCACACCUACAAGUUUUAUCUGUCACAACAGAUUUUGAAGUCGGUUUAAGGAGUGUAUUUCGUACAUUGUAUCCAAACGCCGUUUUGAAGGGUUGCUAUUUUCACUUUGUCCAGGCGUUGAUGAAAAAAGCUAAAAAGAAAGGGUUACUGGAUGUAUUAAAUGAUUGGGAUGAUGGAAAAGAUUUUUUCCGAAAAAUAAUUACAUUAGCAUUAUUACCUAGCCAUCAAAUUAUACUUGCCUUCAACUGGUUACUUACUGUGUACAGUGCGUUUCAACCAGCAUUCUAUCAAUUUCUUCAGUAUUUUCAAUCAUAUUGGUUAGAGACUAUUAAACCAGAAAACUUUUCUGUAUUUGGGUGUUUAGAAAAAACAAACAAUUACGUUGAAUCAAACAAUCGUCGAUUGAAUGAACUACCACUGGAGCUACAACGGGUCAGACUGGCACAACUGGAACAGGGAUGUCUGCUCCAGAAAGUUGAACAGGAACCGGAUCAAUACCCAGGAACUCAGGAACCUUUCGCAAGCCCUCAGCACGCCUUUUCAAAUCUGCUAGCACACGUCUCUUCGAUGACGCUCCACCAGGAGAACGUUGACAGGCAAGGCCUCACCACCUAG